AUGACAAAGGGCAAAACUGGUAGUAGAAAUAAAACGGAGAAAGAGAAUUCAGCUGAAUCCACCGAGGCGAGUGCACCUGCUUUAUCUCCGCAAGAACCAGAUAUCCAAAAUUAUUUUAAUGUGCAGGUGGACAGAGAGGGUGUCGAGGUACUGAUAAAAGUUCAACACAAUGAUAAUAUGUUAGGAGAAAGUCCUUCCCUAAAAUUAGACCAGAUUGAAGAGAAUUCUGUCAUCAGCAUCGAUUAUAAUACUCUGUUUACAAUUCUAAUAAAUAAACAGAGCAGCAUGCAGGCUGCAGUAUCUACGCCAAUUUUAAUAACGGCUUUCAAAACUUCCAACGGUGGUAACAAUGCGACAAUAAAUACCAUAGAUGCAUCUGGGGAUGCUAGCAGUAAGGACAAGGCAAAGCGGGAUUCUGCCCUGAAACUAAAAAACUCGAAAGGAAAUCAAGAAUCAGUUAUUUUAGGAAUCUGCAAUUUUGAUCUUAUACCACUGUUCUUAGGAGAAGAAAGCCUGACGGAGAAACUGAUAUUGGAAGUGCCAUCGCUUAAUGCUAGCGAAGCAAUUAUUUCUUGGAGAAGCUUACCACGUUUAACUGUCUCGGCACGGUUACUGGAUAAAAACAUAUUUCCACCUGAAAUGAAUGUCAAUUUUCUUACAAUCACCGUCGAAAGUAUUUAUAACUUGCCACCUUCUUUCACUGAAGACAUGGACUACAAAGCAAGCACAGUCGUGUAUGCUGCAAGUGAAGUGCCAGAUGACAUUACAUUUGACAGUGGUGUAAGGAUGACUAUUCCUGAUAUUGAAAAAGUUAAGUGUUGGCAAUCAUUAGCCCAUUUGGAUGGACAUGCUAAGCUCUCGAAAUACAAGCUGAAUAGUAAUCUUACAAGAAAUGAACUUAAAAACGACCUUGACCUUAAGUUAUCAGAAGCGGCACCCAGAGUACAGUGGAAUUCUAUGCGACGUUCGUUACUUUUGCAUUCAGGAUCUGAAGAGAUGUUGAGCACAAUCAAAAGGUACAAGUAUUGGCCCUUUUUUUUUAAUGCUAGCGGAAAAGCAAAGAAUGAAGGAAAGCAAAAAACAAAAGACACAGACACUUUCCUACUAUUUCAGAGCUAUGUCGAUGUUUCCGACCUUCUCUAUCCUGGCACGACAAGAACUCGAGUGGUUGCACGAUUACAUACGUUCAGUUUGUCUGCUAUGGCUGAACAGACGGGAGUGGAUAAGACUGUGUUUGUGAAAGACAUGCAAAAAGAGCUGACCAAAGAAAAGGAUUUGAAAAGGGGAAAAUCGUCCACAAAAGAUGGUUCACUGCCAAUGACUGCAGGAGUAUCAACAGAGACUGAAUACGUACCAAGUUUUCCUGUUAUAUCAGAAAACGGUCAGUCUACAUUCGUUAUCAUCGAGUUUGAGUUACAUCAUUCAUUGCAGCCAGCACGAACAUUGGCAGAUCUGACAGACAGGCAAGUUGAAUUAAGUAAUUCAGUACAAUUCUUAAGCAAUAUCUACAGUAUAGACGAGAUGGUACAUAGUUGUAUUUUACCACCAAUACCAUGUACAAGUGAUCUGGCUGAAGAACAGUACUCAAACUGUAUCAGAAAAUUAGUUGACACACUUUGUGAAGCAUACCAGGAUUUUGUUCAAAACCAUAUGAUACCUGGUGCAUCUGAGCAGAGACCCCAUAAGAUUUCAACAUCCUUAGAAAUAUUUCGUUCAAAUGAAAGCGGAAAAAAAUUUAGUGAUGAUAAUGUUGCAUCAGGUGCUCAGAAGGACUGUAAAUAUAGCUACAUUAAGGAUGACAUUGCUUGCUUUGUACAAUAUCUACAUGACACAGGAUCAUAUUUGACCGUGCGUAGCACGCUGAAAAGUAAAAUAAUAAUGCUACUAGAUCAAAAAUUCAAAAUAGAAAUGUACAUGCUCAGUAAAAAAGAGUGUCAGAACUUUGUCGCUACAACUUAUAUAUAUCUGAUUGAACAAAUGCAUCGUACUUUGAAUAAAGUUGUCGAGGGUCAGAAGGCCGGAGACUUAUUGGAUAGUAAUUCUACUACAAACGCAAGUUUCUUUGCAGAAGAAGCUUGUGCAUUUGACUCUGCGGACGAUGCACGUACAGAGUAUCUCAACAUAAUAGAAAAUGACAAAAAAAAUCCUGAUAGUUGGGUUGAGUAUGCCAUAUACUUACUUCGGAUUAAAGAUAUAGACCGUGCCACAGAAUGUUGUCGUGAAGCCAUUGUAUUGAACAAAAAGCAUAAAAUCGCAUUGCUUUUAUACGGUGUAAUUCUUUGUCAUAAAGAAAAAUAUCGUGAUGCAGAGGUUUUUCUCCAAAUUGUGACGAAAAUUUACCCUCGGUUUCCUGAAGGAUGGGCUAUUCUUCACCUCUUUUAUCUUCGAACAGAAUAUUUUCUAGGUGCUGAUGUCACUAUUCAAGUCGCACUAAAGUGCAUGAAAGACAAGGAUUCAAAUACCGUAUCCACACAUUUUUUGAAUCGCGAUCCAUUGGUUUGGACAGCAUUAAAUUAUCCAAAGGAUAGAAUCUAUCUUGUAACAGCAGUUUUACUGUUGAAAAUGUUUUGCUUGGAUUUUGCAGGCAUAGCGCUUUCACAAGAAUUGUUAGAAAUGGGCAGGACAAAACAUUUUCUGUAUUUCAUGGCUACACAACAUUAUAUGGAAGAUAGAUAUGACGAUGCAAUAUGCCAUUUACAAGAACUAGUAAGCUUGCAUGGAAUGGAAUACUCAGUGGCAAGUUUAAUGGGACAUUGCCAUUUAAAAGUGGGCAAUUUUGAUCAAGCAAUGUACUGUUACGAGUUUGCUAAUUGUUCAUUCGAUCGUCCUGAAGAUCUACAUCUUACACAGUUAAGAUUGGGAUAUCUAUAUCUUGACACUGAUCAAUACGAAGCUGCAAAAAAACUUUUCCUUGUUGUUUGUAAGAAUUCACCAACAUGUAGAUCAUGGCUGGGCGUAGGAAUUGCCUCUUAUCACUUGAACGAUAUAAAAAAUGCUGAAAAAGCACUGACAGAAGCUAAUAAUUUGAACAUGCAUAAUGCUGAAGUGUGGGGCUAUCUGUGCUUAGUGAACAUGUCAUUACAGCGUUACGACGAAUUUCUCCAAUGCUAUAGACAAGUUUUAAAGAACAAUCUGUCGAAUGUACGGGUAUGGACCAUGAUAAAAGACCUAAUGGACAGUCUCGAUUAUAAAACUCCUAUGUUGACCAUUGAUUCCAAGGAAGGUUUCAUGAACGAAUCACCAGAAUUUGAAGGUGACCAGGGUUACCACGAGCCUGACGAUAACUGAGGAAAUUCAGGAUUGCAUAUAUCUCUGCAGCAAGCCGUAGGUACCUCAAAUAAUUAUUUUGCAUCAAGCAAUGACUC